CACGAGACGAUAAUAGCGAUUAUUAUCCGGCGCAUUGUUUACGAGAACGAGGUUGCCAUGAUCGCAAGUUUGGUAAUGCUGCUCGCCAGCGUGUGCGACAAUAGUGCAUCACCCGCGGGGACAGCGCACAUGACGGUCUCUAAGAUGAGAAUAGCCGAUCUCGAGACCUCAGCCGGAGGAUAUGCGUACAAUCAGGGAACGGGCCUUCCGGUCUCGUACGUGCGAUACACCAAUCACGGAAGCGGACGUUACUAUCGUGCACCGACGCCGGUGCAUUACGUCGCCAGUAGUUCUGCACCUGUUGCGCUCACCGUUCCUGAAACUGCGUCGUCGCACGAACCCGUUCUACUCGCAUAUGCGACUGCAAAGCGCGAAAUUGUGCCAUACGCGUUACGUCAGCCACGCGACGGAUUCAUUAAUUAUGGUACGGGCCAAUUAACGAAAUACGCGCAACCGCUUGAACCACCUAAGCUGGCUGCUCGCGCACCGUAUUACACCCCAGGUGUAUUUAAACCAGACGAAACGGAUGCAAAUAUCGUUAAAAGCGAUAAUAAAAAGAAUGAGGAGAAUGAAAAAGAUGAUUAUGAUAACGAUAGUCAGAAUAAUGAUGAUGAUAAAGAAGAUGAUGGAGAUCACACGAUGAAGAAUCAUGAGAAAGCAGUUGAUUUUAUAGCAACCCAUCCUUUUCACGGUCCAAACAAUCCUCGGUCACAUAUCGACGUUCCGUUCGAACUCGGAGAAAAGUAUUCUUCCGCGCAGAAUUUUGCUCAUGGAGAAAAGGGUGACAAAGGAUAUAACAAACGAAUGGAAUUUGAUAUGGGUGAACGCGAGCAGCAUGAUAAAAGCAAGCAAGAAGAACAUUAUGAUAUUCAAAGUGAGAACAAAAAAGGGCACAGCGACGUGGGUGGAAAUUAUGGACGUUACGAUGAGACUGAGAAUGGUGAGAAGGGUAGCAGCUAUGGGCAAACGUCGUACCACAAAAAGGGUCAAAAAACCAGCGGCUUUCAUAAAGUUUACCACAAGGAUGAAUAUAAAAAACAUACCGAUUUCUAUGAUGAAAACCACAAGAAAGGUUACUUCGACAAGCACAUUGUUUCUGACGAACAUCAUAAAGCUGCCGAGGGUAAUUUCAAGAAAGGCGGACAUCAUGAGUCCGAGUUUGAUUAUCGAAAUAAUGGAAAGAAAGCAUUUCACGAUAAAGAACAUAUACAGAAUCGCGAUCAGGGUUAUAAUAAGGAAAAAGGUGAAAAUUCUUUCCAUAAUAAUUAUGAGAAUUCUGACUCCGAUGCAGGUACGCGUUUAAUCCAAAAACAUAAAUAUGAGAAACUGCUACACCGCAAAAGCGUGACUGAUGUAGCACAAAACAUAAAACUUCACUAA